CACGCAAAAUUUCCCAGCCAGGAGUGAUUUAAUUUAGUUACCGAAGUUAUCCCAGACAGUGCAGUUGUAUUGUGAUUAAUAUUAGGCUGCAAAAUCCACCAAUAGUAUGAAGCUCUUUGUGAUAACGUCGUGUCUGGCGAUAAGUCUGGUGCAUUGUAUCCCCCAACCCGUCACCCAAACCCCGGGAUAUACCCAGCUGUCGUCAGAACAAGUGAGGCACCUUCAGGAGAGAGGAUUUGGCGAAACAGUGAAGACAUUUGUGCCCACAGCAGCCUACAGGGAGGUGGAUAAAGACUAUGAACCUGACAGUGACGCUGAAUCGAGUCAGGACCGAGCUCCCACGUACAUCAACCAAAACUACCCCAUCCCCCUUUCAAAGACUCUACAGGGACAAAACUAUCCACAGAUAGUUCGCACGACUCAACCGAGAGUUUACGCUUCACCAACUCCAAAACCCGUUGCAACUCAGCAGCAAUACAUUAGAAAUGGAGAAAUUAUCCAGGAUGCCAACAAGUUGGAAGAAGAGGAGGAGAAGGAGGAACCUGACAGGCUGAGCCUUCUCCUUCCCCAAUCAAAAUUCCUCUGCGAUGGAAGACAUACUGGUUAUUACGCUGACGAAGGUUUGAGUUGUGAGGUAUUCCAUUACUGCCAAGACAACGCCAAGCACUCUUGGAUCUGCCCAGAGGGAUUCACAUUCCACCAGGUACAUUUGAUUUGCAUGCCUCCAGGGGGAGACAACAUAUGCGAAAAGUCUUCGGAUUAUCACUUCGUAAACGACUUCUUGUACAAACCAGUGAACUUGGAGGAACACCAGCAGAAACCGAACGUAUCUUUGAGGUACUCCGACAGGUACUAUCCCGAGGUCUACCGCCAAAGGAACGACGAUUACGAUGAGGAACAACCGGCUCAAGUUCAACACCAACACUCUGUGCGGGUGCCAGUCCAACAACGUCUAGUCUCCCCUGCGAUUGUGCGAGUCCAGCCAGUAGCGCCCCAAGCCGUUCCACAACGUUUGUCGUCCACGCUCAAGCCCCAGGGUUCCACGGGACAAGUUUUUAGAUCGCCGGAAGAGAUCAAUAUUUCCCUGCAGCAAAGACGGCCUUUCCAGUACCCCACCUCGAAAUACGACGAUGAUGAUGACUAUUAGUUGUUGCGUAGAUUUAAGCAUUUUUGUACAUAAUUUAAUAUUUAAUUAAUACCUAGAAUAAGGAGUUGAUUCUAUAUUGUAUAUUACACGAUAUUAAAUGUUUUUUAAUGAAA